AGAGCGCGCUCCUGCGGAGGCGGCUGUGCUCAUCCCGGCGGCCAAGCGCUUCAGUGCUCACCGGGCUUCGCAGAUGGCUUGCCCCGCUCUCGGUCUGGAAGCUCUUCAGCCCCUGCAGCCGGAACCACCUCCGGAGCCUGCCUUCACUGAGGCACAAAAGUGGAUCGAGCAAGUCACUGGCCGAAGUUUUGGUGAUAAAGACUUCCGGACAGGGCUAGAAAAUGGGAUCCUUCUUUGCGAGUUGCUGAAUGCUAUAAAGCCAGGACUUGUUAAAAAGAUCAAUAGAUUGCCUACCCCCAUUGCAGGAUUGGACAAUACCAUCUUAUUCUUGAGAGGCUGCAAAGAGCUCGGCCUUAAAGAAUCUCAACUCUUUGACCCAAGUGACCUCCAGGAUACGUCCAACAGGGCCACUGUCAAGAACCUUGAUUAUAGCCGGAAGCUGAAAAACGUGCUAGUGACCAUUUACUGGCUGGGGAAAGCCGCAAACAGCUGCGCGUCCUACAGUGGAACGACACUGAACCUGAAGGAGUUCGAAGGACUGCUGGCUCAGAUGCGAAAGGAGACUGAUGACAUUGAGAGCCCUAAGCGCAGUAUCCGAGACAGCGGCUACAUCGACUGCUGGGACUCUGAACGCAGCGACUCCCUCUCUCCUCCUCGCCACGGCCGAGAUGACUCCUUCGACAGCCUGGAUUCUUUCGGCUCCCGCUCCCGGCAGACACCUUCACCAGAUGUAGUUCUCAGGGGAAGCAGUGAUGGAAGAGGAAGCGACUCUGAAUCUGACUUGCCACACCGGAAGUUGCCGGAUGUGAAGAAAGAUGAUAUGUCUGCACGACGGACUUCCCAUGGUGAGCCGAAGUCUGCAGUACCGUUUAACCAGUACCUCCCGAACAAAAGCAACCAGACGGCCUAUGUCCCAGCACCUCUGAGAAAGAAGAAGGCCGAGCGGGAGGAAUACAGGAAGAGCUGGAGCACGGCCACCUCCCCCCUGGGCGGGGAAAGGCCCUUCAGUUAUCCAGAAACAAUACAGGAGGAGGGAAAUGAAGCAGGGUCUCCUGGUGAAGAUGACCCCAGCAGCCAGACGGGCCACGACGGGUGGCCUCACGGUGGGUUAGAACCUCCUCCGGGCAAUGGUGAGGAGCAGUCCCCUGAGGAGGUUGCUGUGGUGCUGACUGCCAUUCCUGAAGACAGAGAUGCUGUGGAAAGCCAAAAGCGCAGGAGGCUGGAGGAAGCUGGGAUCAAGGUCAUGCCUGCAGCACAGCGCUUUGCCAGUCAAAAGCCAUUGAGUGAUGAGAAAGAAGCUGCUCGGGAUAUCGUCCUUCGGAAGGAAAACCCUUUCCUGACUCAGCAUGGCAAAGACUCAGAGUCAGAAGAUGAAGCUGCCUGUCGACUGCCUGACCUUGAGAAAGAUGACUUUGCCGCAAGGAGGGCAAGGAUGAACCAAAACAAGCCGAUAGUGCCGCUUAAUCAGCUCCUGUAUGGGCCUUACCGGAUAAAAGAUGCGGGCGAGACAUGUGGCAGCAAGUGGCUCUCAAAGGGACCGUCAGACAAGAAAAAUGUAGAACAUAAAAGAGACCAGAACCAACCAGAAGAGGUGAACCCAGUAGUGGCCUGUGUCCUGAGAACUCAGGAGAGAGAACCAGUGGAAACAAAUUUCAGGAAGGCACCAGAUCUCCAGAAGGACGACCUGGCCCAGAGGAGAAUCCAGGGCAGGCAUACCCCACAUCGCGAGGCUCCGAGCUUCAUCAAACUCUCCAGUAUUACAGAAGCUGACCUGGAGACAUGGGAGAGAUUGAAAGUGUCAGAAAAGACGAGGGAUGGAGAUGCUCAGAACACCUGUACCCCUGAGCCCUCACCGGAAAUCAACGCAGAGACUGCCAUCCGAGAUGACUUUGCCAGCCGUAAAGCAAGGGCCUAUAAGAAAGCCUCCAGCCCCAGGCAAAAGUUUGUGCACUUUGGGCCCGUGACAGAAAUAGACCAACAAACUUGGAAGCGGCUCAGCAUUGGCAAGGCGGGGCCUAGGGACGAUGCAAAGGUUGUGGGUCACAGCAGCCAAAGCCAGGCUCCCUCUGUGUCGCCUCCUCCUACUGCUCCUCUUGGCUUAAAGGAUGACCGAAUGCUUAGUCCACAGAAUGGCUGCAGGUUAGUGCGUUAUGGCACAGAGGACUGUCUCCAAAAGGUCCCUUGGCUGGCGCCAGUGCCGGAGUCUCAGGAAGAGCAGGUCUGCAUUCCAAGCGACAGCCCAGAGACAGAGGAAGUUACACCCACACAGCUGCCACAGGAUGGCAGAGAACAAAAUGAAGAAGUUAUUCAAAAAGAGCCUGCGAUGCUGCCAAGAGGGAAAAGACCAGAGGAAUGCAGCGGACCGCUAUACGGUCCGAGAACUCCUGUGUCGGAUGACGCAGAGAGCACGAGUAUGUUUGACAUGCGGUGUGAGGAGGAGGCAGCGGUGCUGCCGCACAGCAGGGCCCGUCAGGAGCAGCUGCAGCUGAUAAAUAACCAGCUGAGGGAAGAGGACGACAAAUGGCAAGAUGACCUGGCUCGCUGGAAGAGCCGUAGAAGAAGUGCUUCUCAGGACUUAAUCAAGAAAGAGGAAGAAAGGAAAAAAAUGGAGAAGUUGAUGUCUGGAGAAGACGGGACAAGUGAACGAAGGAAAAGCAUCAAGACUUACAGAGAGAUUGUGCAAGAAAAAGAGCGGAGAGAGAGGGAGCUGCACGAGGCCUAUAAGAAUGCACGGUCACAGGAGGAGGCCGAAGGGAUCCUCCAGCAGUACAUCGAGAGGUUCACUAUCAGCGAGGCUGUGCUCGAACGCUUGGAGAUGCCAAAAAUCCUGGAAAGAAGCCAUUCAACAGAGCCAAACCUAUCCUCCGUCCCGAAUGACCCCAGCCCCAUGAAAUACUUGCGGCAGCAAUCACUGCCUCCACCCAAGUUCACUGCCACAGUUGAAGCCACCAUUGCUCGCUGCAGUGUCCCAGAGACCAGCACAGCAGGCGGCAGUGGGUCUCCAAGCAAAUCCCUCCCUCCCAGUGCAGUGCCUAUGCUGACACCCAAGCCUUACACCCAGCCCAAAGCCUCUCAAGAGGUUCUGAAGACUUUUAAGGUAGAUGGGAAAAUCAGCAUGAAUGGAGACAUGGCGCAUGGAGACGAGGAAGAAAAGGGAAAGGAAGGACCCACUCUGGAACCUGGCCCUUCCUUAACCAAGUCCCAGAUGUUUGAAGGCGUGGCCACAGUGCAUGGUUCUCCCGUGCAAGUGAAGCAAGGCAGCAACAGCGUUGAGAUCAACAUCAAGAAACCAAACUCUGCCCCCCAGGAACUGACAGCAGCCUCUGAUGAAGCUGAGUCAAAUGGCCAAGAGGAUGAGAAUGCCGAUGGGAAGUCGGGGGCACAGGACGCGGAGCCGACCUCAGCAGAGCCGCAGCAUUUUACAGCCACGGUGACUCGCUGCAGCCCCACUGUGGCCUUUGUGGACUUCUCCCCCAGCGCGCAGCUGAAGAACGAGGUGCCAGAAGAACGAGACCAGAAGAAGCCAGAAAAUGAGAUGAGUGGGAAGGUAGAGUUAGUGCUGUCACAGAAGGUAGCAAAGCCAAAAUCCCCAGAGCCAGAAGCAACCUUGACGUUUCCUUUUCUCAACAAAAUGCCUGAAACCAACCAACUGCACUUGCCAAAUCUCGACUCUCAAGCGGAUUCUCCGAGCAGUGAGAAGUCCCCUGUAACCACACCUUUUAAGUUCUGGGCAUGGGACCCGGAAGAGGAGCGUAGGCGACAGGAGAAAUGGCAGCAGGAACAAGAGCGUCUGCUCCAGGAGAGGUACCAGAAGGAACAAGAUAAGUUGAAGGAAGAGUGGGAAAAGGCCCAAAAGGAGGUGGAAGAAGAAGAACGCAGGUACUACGAGGAGGAGCGUAAGAUAAUUGAAGACACGGUGGUCCCAUUCACUCUUUCCUCGAGUUCUGCAGACCAGCUGUCUACUUCCUUGUCAGUCACUGACGGCAGUGGGACUCCGAAUAAAGUGGACUUGGAAAAUUCUCAAGACAAAGAAAAAGAGAGAAGACAGAAGAUACCCUUCCAGGAGAGUGACAGUGACCAGUUGCUCAAGGCUGGGGAAAGUGGUCCACCCAAGGAGGACAGUAUUAGCAGCCUAAUUCAAGGACCCUCAGCUCACUCAGAAGACUCCAUGUCCAAAGGAAUCCAUCUGGACCAGCGGCCGGAGACAGAGGCUGGGACCCUACACUGUGGUACAGGCCCACAGCUAGCUCAGGAGCCACCUCAGAAUCAACAGGCAUCAAACCCAUCAGCAUGUAUGUCGGAAGAUGUGAAGCCCAAAACCCUGCCCCUGGACAAAAACCUUAAUCAUCAGCUCGAGUCUCCCGGUGAAAGGCGGAAGAAAAGUCCUCGAGAGAACUUCUGGGCUGGGCCCCUGUCCCCCUGUUCUCCUACCCCUCCCGGCCAGUCACCAAACAGGUAUAAGAGGUCUAUUAGCGGGAAGAAGCUCUGCUCCUCCUGUGGGCUCGCUCUGGGUAAAGGAGCCGCGAUGAUCAUCGAGACCCUGAAUCUCUACUUUCACAUCCAGUGUUUCAGAUGUGGCAUUUGUAAAGGACAGCUCGGAGACACAGUGAGUGGGACAGAUGUGAGGAUUCGCAAUGGUCUCUUAAACUGUACUGACUGCUACAUGCGAUCCAGAAGUGCUGGCCAACCUACAACACUGUGACAGGGUUGAGCGCUUCUGGAUCUCCGAGCAUUUCUUUAUUAAGGGUGUCCCUUGGCAACUGCUUAAUUAAACCCCAAGUUCAGGGGCUUCUCAGCAUUCAUCUGAUUUCUGGAAGACUCUUCUACAAGGUGGUAUCUGCUCUUUUGUAUUGCAGCACAGUGUGCUUUUUCUGGUUGGGGGCUGAUUUUUGUUUUUUUUUUUGCAUUUGCACAGUAUAUACAAAAGAAUAUUGCAUUGUAAUGAUUCAGAACAGUUAAUGGGAAAAGACAAACGGUUUCAGCACGAGCAGAAAGGCUUAUGGUUGAGAAGGUGUUGUUCUCUUCUUUGGGGAAUAGCGGUUAUUCUCUUCUUUGGGAAAUAGCAAAAGGGUGCAAUAAACCUGUUGUGUUUUAGUAUUUCUAGAAAUUAAACACGUUAUGUUUACAGAAUUGAGAUGCAGAAAGUGCAAGACAUGCCAACUUAAGACAGGAGCAUAAAGUGAAUGCAUUUCAGAAAAUCUAGACACCCCAGAAAGCUCUGACUCGAAACUAUAACUUGUUUUUUUUUUAAUGCAAAGACACUAGUCUGAUAAUAUAUACUGUACUCCUGAAAACAUUUGUGUUACUUACCUUUGAGGGGGCAGAUGUCCUACCAAUAAAUUAUCACACUGUUAGUAUUAGAUUUUGUGUACCCUGGAAGUCAUGUCAUUAAUAUAGGCUGAUCCCCCCAAAUGAAGAGAGCCCUUGCAAUAUCACUAGACUUCCACUCUGCGAUGUUGUGCAAGGGUAGGGAGGAAACUGGCCAGCCAUUAUCUUCAGACUUACUAUAAAAUCCAUGAGGAAAUGUCAUCUGUCCGGACGGUGUGUCAGUGGGCCACCUGCUUUCUCCAAGCACUGGGUUAGGGGUUGUUAAGCGGCUUGAUGUGAGGAUGUGGUGUUAGGCACCAAGGACAGUCUGUCUUUAGGGGUGAGUACAUCUCAUCUUUUGCCUACAAGUUUUCCUUGGGGGUGGAAGCCCAGGUACCCAGAGAGAAGCAUUAAGUUCAUCCUCACAGACCCCGGAUGGCAUGAUGCGACAAGCCCACAACUGGUCUGUACGGGGCAGCCGCACAAGGAAGACAGUGACCUGCCCACUUCCAUGGACCUGUGUGCACCUUCCUUGUCCCACACGGCCUUCUUGACUCUCAAGAAUUUUGCACCUGACCCAUGGAGUUUUGAAAGCGACGCCUGCGGAGACCUGGUUUGUUCUCUGCCCCCUGUGAAGAAUUCCGGCUGGACACAGCAGGAAUGAAGCAGCUAAACCAGCGCGACUUGGCUAUCCAGGCUAAGGACUGGGCAAAGGGGAACUAUUUAUUCUGCCUUAAAAGGAUGGCAACUGAGUAAAGACAAUGACUUUAGGUGGAUGUAGACCGUGGAUACACUCCGAGACGAUGUUAGGCGGAUGUAGACCGUGGAUACACUCCGAGACGAUGUUAGGUGGAUGUAGACCGUGGAUACACUCCUAGACAACGUUAGGCGGAUGUAGACCGUGGAUAUACUCCUAGUAGGCUAAUGUAGCAUAGCGAGAGUGCAAGUAGAUGUUUUUCUGUUAUGUAAGCAAUAAUUUUUCUGUGUCUUAUGGAGUAUGGCUAGCAGUUAUUUAUUUCUGUGCUAGACGGUUCUUUGCAUGUGGGUUCCCUAUAGGUGCAGGCAUCUCCUGGCCACUGGAGGCAUAUUGACCACUUUGCCAUUUGGACGAGUUGCUAUUGGACUGAAAUUCACACAUCAUUUCAUUAAAAAUUGUGCCUUAGAAAAUGCAAAGCUGUUGCACAUGGUGGUGGGUGGCAGAUUCGGAACACCGGAGGGAAAUGACGUCACUUCCCAGGUCUCACGACUUCUCUCAGAGGUGUCCGCUGCUUUACAAGAAAAUAAAUAAAUAAAUAAAAGAUUUUAAAAGACAAAUAAAAAAGGAAAAAAAUUAAAAAGAAAAAAAGUUUUGAAAAUGUACAGAUCAAGUCCAAUAUUUUGAUGAAGCACCUGCAUGUUUUAUUAACUAUUUUAAUAACGUGGAUGUUUACACUUUGCAUGAUAUUAACAGAGUACUUUACGAGAAACGAUGCACAAAACAUGUACAAUAUGGUCAUUCAUAAGCGACUUUUAUAGAAUACUUUUUACAUGUGCGAGGCCAUCCGUUAUGUCAGGAGCACAUGAGUGUUGCACAUUCUUCUGGUUUCACAAAGCCAUUUAUACAUGUUUCCUAGCGGGACGCGUUGUACAUGCAUUGCAGCUCGACUGGAGUCAAGAGGAAUAAAGCCCCAUCCCACGCGUGGUGCAUGCUUUGCCGUAAAGAACACUAGUCACCAGCCUGGAAUAAUCUACAACAUUUUCUAAAUUCUAAUUGCCAACCGUUUCUAUUUCUAUUUGAUUUCGAUUUCAUUUAGUGCCAGUUACACGGCAGCUUCGGCAGACUAGAUCUCGUUGUUUUCCAAUGCAGCAUAAAAGACUAUGAUCUAUUCCUCUUCAAAUAAUCUUUGAGAUCCCAGGGAAAAAAAAUGUACUCUGUUGUGUGGAGCUAUGAUGUCAGUGUGUUUGUUUAGAAACCAGGCAAGGCAAGCGAGUGAUUUAUUGUUCCUGGGGGACUGUGGCUGUUCUUCCCCUCAGACCCCACAUGCUUCCCUCCCGAGGACAAAAACGGUGACUCUUGUUUCUCACUAGCAAACUCUCAUGACCUUUGUCCUCCUUUCUGUGUAAUGUCUUUAACGUGAUACAGAUUCUAGUUACCUGUAGGCGGUGUAAGAUUCAACGAGCUGAAACGAUCCACCUUCGAAGUGAGUCCAUCCAAAAGAUGUUUCUUUCUGGGUGGGCGACGUCCCUAUAUCAACUACACUAACUUUCAUUUACAAUAUUUAUUCUAAAAUGCCUCUGAGAAAUAGUUUAAAAAAUUAAAAAUGAAAAGUUGUCUAAAAUGCAACAGCUUUUAUAGUGAAUGUACAUUUAUAAAUAAAAUACUCA